CUGUCAGUUUUGUCAGAAAUGCCAAUAGGCAUAUAUACAACAAACCCAACAAAAUUUGUAAACAAAAAUAGGAGCCAUACAAUCUAUUUUAACACUACCAUUGAACUGAUAAAUUAUAAUUAAAUUAAAUAAGUUAUUAAAAAAAUAUAGUUUUUUGUGCAUACAAAAUGUUCGAUACAGAUGAUGAAGAUUUUACUCUUUCUCCUAGUUCAAAAUUGGCCUCAAUAUUCGGUUUAUCAACGGGAUCUGAGGAUAGUAACACCAGUCUAACAUAUAAAGCCCCUAAACAACCAAAACCCACAAGCAAUAAUGCAGUUGAUCUUAACCAGACAGUUAUGAAAAAUAAGCUUGAUGAAGGACAAACUCAGCCUCUGUCAUCUGUGAUAUUUGCAAAAGUGAUUACAUUAUGGAAGGCUGACAAUGGUAAAAACAAACUUAUGGGCAAGUACAUGGUGGCUCUCACAUCAAAUCCUAUAAAAUCUGUUACAGAACUAAUGAUCUACCAGGAUAAAACCAAGAUCCUCAUUAGAGAAACAUUAGACAAAUCACUGAUAUUUGUAAAAUAUCAAAAUAAUUUUAUUGCAUUUUGUGAUAGUCAGAAGAAGCUCUGGAAUUUAAGUUUUGAUACUGUUGAAAACAAGGAAAUAUUUUUACAACAUAUUGAAAAUUGUCACUGCAUAUUACAAGAACAAAAUAAUAAUGGCAAUAAAGAUGAGACUGAUGAUACCAAUCCAACACAGGUUUCUACAAAACCUGAGAUUUCUUCUGAUAUUAAGAGUUCAGAUGCAACAAAAGAACAGAUUUUAUCCAGGGUUACCAAAAUGGGACAACCAAUUUUACCAAGAAUGGUGGAAUUACAUAAAAGUAGUGAAGUGUCUGAUUAUGAGUCUGAAUCAAGUUGCACUGAAACAGUCAAACCUGUUACUGUUCCAAGGAAGCUCAGGAAAACUCCAGGAAGUACUGAAAAAGCUUUAACUGUAGCCCCAAUUGUUCCAGAAGUAAAUAACAGAACUUAUUCAAUGCCUUUUGCAAAUAAUAAUUAUUAUGUACCUCAGAAUCAAAUGAUGCAUGCUCAGAAUCCUACUGGUCUUGUAUACUCACAAUCAAUGCCAGAUUAUGGUUUAAGCCAUUUUCUGAUUAACCAAAAUGCAGAGCUUAAAGCUAGCUUAGCAGAAAUUAAUGCAAAACUAAAUAAUGCUUUUAUAUCUUCUGAUAAAAAUGGUAACAGUUGUGAGGAAACCAGUGUGUUAAAGUCAAAGAUAAAAUGCCAAAGUUUAAAAAUUGAUAAUUUGAAUUCCGAGUUACAAAAAAUGCAUAAGAAGUUUCAAGAUUUAAGCAUCAAAUAUGAGGAUAAAUGUAAAGAACUCAUGGAAGCCAAAGCUACAAAGGAACAGUCUGGCCUUCUUGAAUCUGAAUUAAUUUUUUUGAGAGAUAAAGUAAAGCAGGCAGACAUUCUCCAGGAGAGGCUAGAAAAACUAGAAAAUGAUGUAAAAAUAAAAGAUGAUAAAAUGAAUUUAUUAAAUGUUGAUCUAAAUAGCAUAGAACAACAAUUGCUUGAGGCAAAGACUCAAAAUGAAAUAUUAUUAACUAAAAACUCUGAAUUAAAUGAACGAUUGCAACAAACACUAUUAGAGUUAGAUGAGCAGAGGAAGCAGACAUGUGUAAAUGAGGGAGAAAAUAAUAUGAAUCCUUUAAAUAAGGAAAAAGUUAGUAAAAUUAUUAAAGACAGCAUGAAUGAAGCAUUUAGAGGAAUUAUGGGUAGUUUUAGUGAUGAUAAGAGCUAUGAAACUAGGGAGAUCCAAGCAGUGUUAAUGCAAAACUUGUUAGAUACUAGUUUUAAAUUAAUUAAUUCUUUUUUAUAAUUGAAGUGCAUUACAAUUUUUAUUUUUGUUUUAGUUAGAUAUAUAUAUUGUGAUAUAUUUUAUUAUUAGGGUUAAUAUCAUGUUAUAACUAUUUUUAUGAAUAGAAUAAAGUGAUCAACAACCA